ACUGGGAGCAGCUGAUGAAAUACGCCUCCACCAUGACUUUAGACAGCGAGCUGAACAAGAUUUCCACAGAGCUCAAACACCUUUCACUCAAGAGACAACAACUUCUGGAGAGGAAAAAACUCCAGUGCAUAUUUCAGGAGUUGAAGAAUCGUGUUCAACUUGAACAGCCAGAGGAGGGUGACUCGUAUCAGCAUGAGAUUGACAGCAUUGAUGACAAACUGAAUCAACUGGCGGAGAGGAAGGCAGAGCUCCAGAAGAACCACGACAACAUGGUCUACGGGAACGAUGAGAAGAACAGCCUGAAAGAGAUCACCUCCAUCCAGAAGGAUGUGACUGACGGUCCUGGAAUUUUCUUUGUUGAGCACCCGGAUUUUCCCGCGCCUACAGUGAUUCUGGACGUGGAGAAGCUUCCCCCCCGCCCCACCAGGACGCAGUGUCCUGAGUGUGAGCAGUUCAUCAUGACAGAGACGUUUACCUCCAUCAGCAGCGUCACCUGGCUCAUGUGUUUCAUGACGGCUUUAAUUGGUUGCAUUGCUGGUUGUUGCCUCAUUCCCUUCUGCAUGGAUAGAUUCAAAUCCACCACACACAGAUGUCCAAAGUGUCGAACGUCAAUCAUAACUAUUAAACAGAUGUGAGAGAAAAGCAGCUGGUAAGAACUUGAUCCUGAAAGAGUAUCAGACUUAAUAAUGGAGAUGUAGCAUACAGCAGCACUUGCAGAUUUGUUUGUGUUUACUAUCAUCAUGAGCACCGAAUGUGAGUGGUUGAAGAGGGACAAACUGGUGUCUGUAUUUAUCCUAGAUUUCUGGAUAUUUUAGACAAGGACAUUACAUGACAUCCAUUUUUUCAAAGCAGACAAGCAGACCUCUAAUUCAAUAAUUUUUAAAUUAUAAUCUGCUUUUACAGGCUAAUAAGUGAGUUUGUCUUUGGUGUUACCAGUUAAUUAACGACACAAACAUCUCAUUAUAGCACAUAAUCCUUUUAAAGAGUGACAUUUGGAUUGUCAGAAAAAGCACUAUUGUUCUUAUAGGAUAACUAUAAAAAAAGUGUCAUCGUCAUCAGUCCUUUUUACAACACCUUCCUCUAGUCUACAUUCACAUGAGUUUGUUAACAGUUAUUCCGAUAACCUUCAGAGGCAGACAGUGAAUUCCUUUAGAAUGCUACAGUGGUGCAUCAUGCUGUGUAUAUGGUUACUUUGAUACUAAAUGUUAUUUUUUUUAUGCGGGAGGUCACCAAUUACGCAAAAUCCACUUUUUCAUGUGUUUUGUACAU